AUGGAGGUUCAGAAUCUAGCUAACAGUCUUGUGCGACUCAAUAUUUCAGAUCUGGUCAAGGUUUUAGUCUGUGUUGAGACGAGGUCGUCUCUUUUGGGGCAGAUCAGGGCACAACAGUUCGAUAAUGCUAAAUUGUGUAACAUUUUCGAUAAAGUGUUGAAUGGUGAGGCUAAGGAGUCCAUGCAUGAUAAUGAGAGGGUCUUGAGGAUCAAGGCACGCAUGUGCGUUCCUCGUGUGGGUGUUCAUAUUAUACAUAAUGCAGAGAAGUUGGCCAGGAUUUACAUCAGAGAGAUUAUGCGAUUGCAUGGGGUUCCUGUUCUUAUUAUUUCAGACCGAGAUUUGCUGAGGGAGUCCUUGGACAAGGUGAAGCUGAUUCAAGAAAAGCUUCUGGCAGCUCAGAGUAGGUUAAAGGUGUAUGCGGACUGGAAGGUUCGAGAGUUGGAGUUUAUGGAGGGUGAGCAGGUUUUUUUGAAGAUUUCGCCAAUGAAUGGUGUUAUACGAUUUGGGAAGAAGGACAAGUUGAGCCCGAGUUAUAUUGGUCCAUUUGAAAUUCCCCAUCGUGUUGGUGUAGUGACUUAUGAGUUAGCUUUGCCACCAGGCCUGUCAGGUGUUCAUCUGGUAUUUCAUGUUUCCAUGCUGAAGAGGUACCAUUCAGACGGUUCUUAUAUCAUUUGUUGGGACUCCAUGUUUCUUAAUGAAAAUUAUUCUUAUAAGGAAGAGCCUAUCGCGAUCUUGAAUAGGCAAGUGAGAAAGUUGAGAUCAAAAGAGAUAGCUUCAAUCAAGGUGCAAUAG